AUGAAAGCCUUCGACAAUACUAAUGUCCUUAAUUCGCCAACUCUAUUUGCCCACCACAGCCCUGCAGGUAGAGAAAUAUUUCGCAGCAACCUGUCUGCAAAUGCUGACACGUUUUCCUCCCUUUUAUGUCAGGACCCGAAGACUAGUUUGACAGCGCCAGUAACAGCAACUCGUCGAGCCUCACAGGCGGUAAAUGUACCGCUUACAGCUCGACGCGAACCGGCCCACGAGGAACUGCAGGAGCUCUCCGUAUCCACUGUCUACAGCUUGCUGGCCGCACUGAUGCAAUGCUUGAGCAUGGCCUGCCUGUGUGUGGCCAUCUCCUUGCUCAAGUGGGUUAUAGUGCUCCAGGAAUACGGCCACAAGCCACGGGUUUUCGUGUCCAACCUUUUUGGCGUGCCCUACGAGUUGGUCGUGUAUCCAAUGCCAGGCAGCAACCAAACAUCUGGAGCAAAACUGUAUUUCUUUGAGGAUGACGAGGAAGACAGCGUGGUGCCUGUGAUGAUCACCCUCUGCAUCCUGGGCCUGUUUUUCGGCUUUAUGGCGUUCCUCAUGGAUUUUGUGAAAAUAAAGCACUUCGGCGAGCACCAAAUGUCCAUCACCUGCUUCCUCCACAUUUUUUCAGGCAUAUUUAUCGUCACCCUCAUCACCCUCUGUUGUUGGUGUUUCAUGAAGAUCAAAGGGCGCGUCAGCGAAGAAGGAUGGCUAAUUUUGAAAUUAAGAGUUGUCCUCGGAGAGAGUUUAUACAUCGUCUUAAUGUGUUUAGCUCUGAUUAUCUUAGCCGUCAUUUUCAGCGUGCGGUCAUUGAACAGCGUGCAAUGAGGUGACCGCUACAAGAAGAGCCGCCUCUCCAACGAAACUAUUGAAACACAAACACCCAAUGCAACACAGAAAUGUCCUGAGUUCAAGUACAACAUUCCUGCUUUCAUUCGCCAUGGCUUAUGACGGGGUCGGCACAUUUAAGGCGUUGGACUGCAGUUCCCAUUGGCCUGGACAAGACUAGCUAAUGCUGGGUCAAAAAGGUCACAUUUUGCCCAGUCUAAUUAAUGGAAACAGAGACAAAUACGGUUUCCUUCUGUCCCUUGCACCUUGUAUAGAAAACCUGGUUUGUUUAAGAUGGAUUUCCCAAUUGUAUUGCUUAGUAUUUAAGUACCAAGAUGGCAAACCAAACUGGACUUCUUAUUUCACGUUGCAAAAAGGGAUUGUGGUUUCAACCCCAAAGGAUUUCCACACCAAACCUUGGGCCCAAAGGAGAAAGGAAGAGCAAGAAACAUGGGAAUUGUUUACAUAUUGGUCCUAAGCCGUUUUACGCUUUUAAUAAACCAUGGCUUAUGAAGCAAGAAAUGUUAUAUCUGAACCAGCUUUUGUCAGGUCUCCAAAUCAAUCUAGACAAGAAAUGGGUAAAAAAAAGGAAGAUAUUAUAUUUAGUCCAGUCCUAAGAUGUUUAAUUCCAAAGUUCCAGUUAUAUUUAUAUGUAAUACAUUAGAUACAGAUAUUGUCCACAUUCUGGAAGGAACAAAUAUAAUAGUGUUAGCAUCUACCAUUGCAGUAUCCUUCCAUUUAUUUGCUCUUUGACAUUUGUCAAAUAUCUAAAUAAUCGAGUUGUCUCCUUCCUUCUAAAGCUGUAUUGUACACACAAAUGUGGGUUCUUGCUUAAAUAACGCAGAGAUGUACAUAGACCGGUAUCUCAUUUUCUUGUUAUGACAUGAGGGCACCAUUGCCUUACUUAAUUCUUUCUGUUAAACUAUUAAAAGUUGG